UUAUCGUUUGUAUACUUGUGUUUGUUUACUGUUGUUUGUUUGUUUAUGUUUGUUUACUUGUGUUUGUUUACUGUUGUUUGUAUACUUGUGUUUGUUUGUUGUUUGUUUCAGAUGAAGGUUGAAGGUUUACAGGAGGACGUCCAGUCGUCUUCGUCCUCUGACCCUCCUGUGGCGUCCGUCCGUGGCCCUGCGGCGGCGUGCGUCCCGUCGUCAUCGUGCGUCCCGUCGUCGUCGGAGCGCUGCAUGUCUCGUCUGCUGAGCGCCGUGGAGAGCGAGCUGCAGGCGGGGCGAGAGAAGGGCGACCCGACAGAGAGAGAGCUGAGGGUGACGCUGGAGGACGCCGAGCUGUGGAGGAAGUUCAGACAGAUCACCAACGAGAUGAUCGUCACCAAGAACGGACGUCGGAUGUUCCCGGUCUUAAAGGUCAGUGUGUCCGGUCUGGACCCCAGCUCCAUGUACUCCUUCCUGCUGGACUUCGUUCCGGCCGACGGCUGCCGCUGGAAGUUCGUCAAUGGGGAGUGGGUGGCGGCCGGCCGGGCGGACGGCCACGCCGAGGGGCGGGGCCACGGGGGCAUCUACAUCCACCCUGACUCUCCGAACUUCGGAGCUCACUGGAUGAAGGCGGCGGUGACCUUUAACAAGGUCAAACUGACCAACAAACUGAACGGAGGAGGACAGAUCCUGCUCAACUCCCUUCAUAAAUAUGAACCUCAGCUCCACAUCGUGUGCGUGGGUUCUCGUCAUCGUCUCGUCUCAAACGUCUCCUUCUCUGAGACUCAGUUCAUCGCCGUCACCGCGUACCAGAACGAGGAGAUCACCGCUCUGAAGAUCAAAUACAACCCGUUCGCCAAAGCCUUCCUGGACGCCAAAGACAGGAACCCAGGGGGGCGGGCCUUAGCGGAGCAGGCCGAGAGUCGCGUUGGGAUUCAACCAUGUUGGUCUCUGUGCUCAGCUGGAGGAGGCGGGGCUUUUACCUAUGGAAGCACCCUCCCACUGCCAUCCCAUCAUCACCAUGGUUACAAACACCAGGGUUACCAUGGGCGGCACACCCCUUACCCCGCCUACCUGUCGCACCGCCCACACUCAUCAGUGUGUUUGUCUGAAGGUGUUUUGACAGACAGAUGGAGCUCCUCCUCUUCCUCCUCCUCCUCUUCCACCCACCCGCUGAUGAGCUCCGCCCCUUCCUCACAGGCUCCUCCUCCUAGCUCCAGUCAGUUUCCCUGUCUGUGGACCGUCGGAUGCACUGAGCUAAGCCCCGCCCACUCGCCCUGCGCCGCUCUACAUGGACCAAUCAGCAGCGAGACCAUCGUGCAGCCCACCAAUCACGGACGAGUGGGCGAAGCUGGAUGGCAUGGCCCCACCCACUCUUUCUGAGCAGUGAGACCUGAUUGGUUCCUGGGUCCUGGUCCGGGACCUGGUCCUGGUCCUGGACCUGGUUCCUGGUCCUGGGUCCUGGGUCCUGGGUCCUGGGUCCUGGGUCCUGGUCCUUGGUCUUGGUCCUGGU